UCCAGGCCGAGCCGGAGGAGCACCGCCCGGGGCUGGCGGCCCUGUGGGCGGGGCCUCCUCCUGACCUUCUGACCUUACGGUGACCUUUAACCACUCCACCUCAAUGACACUCAGGCCACUGUACUCCUCUUCUGACCUCACCGUGUGUCUAACCACUGGACCUGAGUGUGACGCAAAGCCCAGGAAACCCUGCCACUGCACCCGGUCCCAGUGCCUCAAGCUCUACUGCGAGUGCUUCUCCAGCGGCGCCAUGUGCAGCGGCUGUCACUGUUCCCACUGCCACAACAACGCCGAGCACGCGGCCCAGCGGCACACGGCCGUCCAGGUGGGCGGCGCCGCGCACCUGUCACACGCACCGGUCACGCCAUCUGAAAGGGAUGAAGACGCCGCGAGACACCUCCACACGCAGCGGGGCUAUCUGGGUCGCAACCGCAACGCCUUCAAGCCCAAGUUGGCUGGUGGGGAGACGGGAGAGGUCAAAGGUCGGCACAGCAGAGGCUGCAACUGCAAACGCUCCUUCUGCCUGAAGAACUACUGCGAGUGCUAUCAGCUGUAA